AUGGACAUACAAAAUGAGUGCUUCAGUUUCUUAAAAAAGCUAACAUGUUUUUUUAAAAAGUAUUAUAAAGAUAAUGAUAAAAGUACGAAUGUGUUAAAUCCUAAUUGUAAUAACAAGAACAAUGAUGAAAAUGAUAGAGUAAAGUAUAGAACAUUAAAUAUUAUGGUUUCGUCUGCGUUAGUUUUGUGUGUGCUACAUCCAUUAGACACCAUAAGAACAAGAAAACAGAUAUAUAGAGUGUAUAAGAAUUCUUAUCCCUAUUACUAUAAUAAUAAAUAUAAUUUGUUCUACAUUUUAAGAAAAGAAAAAAUAGAAAGCAUUUAUCGUGGUUUAAUAGCUAGUUUAAUUACCACAGGAGCAUCUCAUGGAUUAUUUCGAUUUAUAUAUGACAAACUAAAUUAUCAUUUCUUUCAGAACUUUAAUGAUAUACAUAGCAUAAACAAUAAUAAAAAUUAUUCCAUUUCCAGUACAUGUAAUAUGUCCAGAGAAAAUGAACUUCAGAAUUAUUACAGUAAUAAUGCGAAUGGCCCCUUAGAACCAUACGAAGAAAAGGAGGAAAAAAAAAAAGUGGACCAAAUUGAGAAUUCAAGUUUUAUUCUAAGUACCAGUACUACUGCAACUUUUGCUACCACAACUGCUGCUAACUGUAAUAAUUACAAAAAUGAUAAUCCUUUAAGUAUCGGUUUAUCGGGUAAUAGACAUAUAAAUGAAAAGGAUAUGAAUUCAAAUACAGUUGAUAACGAUUUAGAAAUUAAGGAUAGUAAAAAUAUGAAUUAUUAUAUACUUACAAGCAGUCUUAGUUCAAUAAUUAGUGUCCUAUUUCUUCAUCCAGUUUGGCUAAUUAAAACCAAAAUAGAAUGCACAAUAAAUUUAAAUUACAAAUUUUUAAAUUAUAAAAGCAGAAUAACAAGUAAACACUACAAAAUAUUUGUACAAAAUAAUAGAAUGUUUUCUUAUAAAUUUUUAUCUAACAUAAUAAGGAUGUUAAUUUUGUCUGACAAAAAUUAUAGAAAGAGAAGUAGGAACUGUAAAAAAAUACGAUUACUAAAUAGCUGCAUACUGGAAUUAUAUAAAAAUAAUUUUAUAUAUAAUAAAAAUAUAAAAACAAAAAAAAAAUACAACUGUCUUUCUUUUAAAAAUGAUAAGAAAGUUUUUUUAAAUAAGAAUAUAAAAAGAAAAAUGGUACAUAACUAUUUAUUAUAUAAAUAUUACACUAUGUCAAAUUUAGAAAGAAAACGAAUCACAAAAAAUGAAAUUUCAAAUCUUGGUAAAAAAUUUUAUAGAAGGUACUUAUUAUAUUCCAAAAAUUUUCUGUCAAAUAAUAAAAUAUUGCAUCUUUUUAAAAGAGAAGAAAAUAAAAAAUCAGUUUGUGCUAUAUAUAGAUACAAAAACUAUUUUCAGUUUGUUCAUAAUAUAUAUAAAAAAGAGAAAUUUUUUUCAUUUUAUAAAGGUUUCUUAGCUUCCUUAUUAUUAACACCACAUGUUGCAAUACAGUUUUAUAUCUAUGAAUCGUUAAUGUACUAUUUCAGUUACGAGUACUUGAAUACCUUAUUUAUUGAAAAUAAUAUAAAUAUUUCAGCAAAUACAUUAUGUAAAACUUUGCCGUUCCUAUAUGGUGUUAUAUCAAAAUACACUGCUAUUAUUUUCACCUAUCCCUUAUAUACAAUAAAAAUGAGGCAACAAGUUCAAAUGAAAAAUUAUGGUUUUUAUAAUGUCCUAGUUAACAUUUUUAGAUUUGAAGGUAUAAAAUCUUAUUACACGGGUAUUAAUAUGCAUUUAUUAAGAAACUGUUUACAAAAUGGUACUCUUUUUUUUAUUUUUGAAUACUUAAAUAAUGCCAAAAUAUGA